GCAAACCUAUGGCGUGAGACACGGGGAGAAGAGAACAGAGAGGAGGUGGGUGGGUUGGAAAACGUGGGCAAAAGGAAAGGUAAAAAGGAGAGGAGGACGAGUGUCCCACCUGAAAGGGAACCAGUCGCGCUUCACCUGUGCUCAUGGGGUCCUCUCACUCGGCAAUGCAGAUGCCCCACAGUAACAGCAGCUGUGCCGUCAAUGAGAGUAUUGUGAGUACUAAAGCUGCCACAGUGACGGGCACGCUCAUCCUCUCCCUCGUGUUUCUGUUGGGACUCCCCGGAAACCUCUUCGUCAUCUGGAGCAUCCUGGCGCGGGCCCGAAAGCAAUCCGUCACGACCAUUCUCAUCCUCAACCUUGCCAUCGCGGACGGCUCCCUGAUGGCUCUGACCCCGUUCUUCAUCGUCUACCUGGCUAUGAUGGAGUGGAAAAUGGGGACUGUGAUGUGCAAGGUUCUGUUCUACCUCUGCUUGGCCAACAUGUACGCCUCCAUCCAGCUGAUCAUGCUGAUGAGCAUUUACAGGUUGGUGUCGAUAGUGUGGCCCCAGCGCAUCAGCGUGAUCACGAGCAAGAGGAUAAUCACACGAGUGCUGGCGGUCAUAUGGGUGUUCGUCAUGGUUGCCUCAAUUCCUGCGCUGAUCUAUCGAGAUGCGAGGCGUAAUAAAGAGAAUAAAACGGUUUGUGAUUCAUUCCACGACAAAGACCCAGAUGCGGUUCUGCAGUACAUGCUGGAGAUUGUGUUGGGCUUCGUGGUACCUUACGGAAUCAUUUUAGUCAGUUACAUUUGCAUCCUCAGACGGAUCCGGCAGACCAAAUUCCGCCGCCGGGUCCGCAGCGAAAAGCUCAUUCUGGCCAUUGUGGUGACCUUCUGCCUGUUCUGGUUACCCUACCACGUCAUCAACAUGGUGCAAGUUGCAUCGGCUUUGCUUCCAGAAUGUUCACCAAAAAGAAUGUUGUUGGAGAAAAUAUGGAAGAAAUUCCGUGCCAUUUCCUCCACCAUCGCCUUCAUCAGCAGCUGUGUCAACCCGGUGCUCUACUUCUUCGCAGGAAAGUCUUACAUCAGACGGGAGGGUCUGGCUUUCAUGGCUCGCUUGUUUGAGGGAACGGGCUUGGACUCCACCAGGAAGAGCCGAAUGAACAGCCAGAACAGCCGGGACAAGGACAAAGACGCGGAAGUCACGCUGCAAGACAAGGACAGAGACUCGUCCACAAACUCAAACUCUAACAUUAAAUCAUCAAAAACGGGAAAAUAGAAGUGAACCCUCUCUCCGGUCUUUAAAUCUUUCUUCCGUCCAAACGUAAAAAAAAAAAAAAAAAAAAAGCUUUA